AUGGCUUGUCAAAAAUUUCAAACUCUUGGCUCAGGAUCCUACGGCACUGUGUUUGUCGGCCGACUUUCUUCAUCUCCAUCAACUGAUUCGCCAGUGUUCGCCGUGAAGUCUUCAAAGCUAGAGUCUUCAAGCUCACUUAGGGUUGAAGGGCGAAUCUUGAAUGCACUCCGAGGAUGUCCCUAUAUCGUCCAAUGUUUCGGAGAAGACACCAGCGUAGAACAUGGAAAGGCUGUCUACAACCUUUUACUCGAGUAUGCUCCGGGUGGGUCACUGGACAGCCUAAUCAAGUCUCGCACCGGAAGCAUCCUAGAAUUCGAGGUUUCUUUCUACGCUUAUCAGCUUCUGAAGGGGAUACUGCACGUGCACAGGCGAGGGUUGGUUCACUGUGAUUUGAAACCGGCCAAUGUUCUUGUCUUUCCGUGUGGGUUCGGGUGA